UUUUAGCUACAUUUCCUCUUUGUUGCAGGACUACGAGGUAGACCUGUACCUGCGACAGAAGUGGCACGACGAGCGCCUCCAGCACCCAGACAUCACCGAAGUGCUGGAUCUCAACGACCCCAACCUCGUUAAAGCCAUCUGGAAGCCCGAAGUCUACUUUCCCAACGCUAAGCAUGCCGAGUUCCAGUUCGUCACGGUGCCCAACGUACUCAUCCGAAUCAACCCGGACGGCGAGAUCUUGUACAUGCUCAGGCUAAAGUUGACCUUCUCUUGUAUGAUGGACCUGUCUAAGUUCCCUCUUGACAACCAGAUUUGCACAAUGGAAGUAGCCAGCUUUUCGAAGACGAUCGAGGAGCUCCGCCUAGAGUGGAAGAACUUGAACCCAGUGAUCAUGGGAAAAGGACUGAGAAUGCCUCAGUUCGAGAUUGUCGACAUCAUGGCUUCCGACUGUCAAGAAUCCUUCCAGAUCGGUAAUUAUAGUUGCUUAGUGGCCGAAUUCUUCCUGAGCAGGUCUGUUGGCUUCCACUUGGUCCAGAGUUACUUGCCAACUAUUCUCAUCGUCGUCAUCUCUUGGGUUUCCUUCUGGAUGGACGUUGAUUCUGUUCCUGGCAGGACAACCCUUGGGGUCACAACUCUCCUUGCUGUGUCCUCCCAAUCCUCAGGUAUUCAAAGUGGUCUACCCCAAGUAAGCUAUGUGAAAGCUAUUGAUGUCUGGAUGGGCACCUGUACAGCUUUUGUUUUCUGUGCCCUGCUUGAGUUUACUUUUGUGAACUACAUGUGGAGGAAAGUGGUGCCGAUUGAAACAGUUUCUGCCAGAGAUAUUAACGGAGGUGUCAAACAAGACCAAUUGCCGGGCCGAAAAAUUGCUAUUGAACUACCCAACUCUAACAUGCGGAUGGCGAGAAGAAUAGAUGAAUAUUCUAGAUUAUGUUUCCCAAUCGCUUUUGCCAUGUUCAACCUUCUCUAUUGGAGCCAAUGGGAAGGCGGUGGGUGGAGGCAUUGAAUUGGAGAAUUAAGAACUCAAAGGGUAGUAAAAAUAUAAGGCCAAGAAUGAAGUUCAGAGGAAUUGAAUGUCGUUUGAGAGUUACAUUAUAUGUACAUAUAAAAAACAUGGUGAAUGAAACAAUUGUUUGAAUCUUAUGUCUCAGUUCUUCAAUAAUUCCUUCAACAUUACAUCGAUCUUUAUAUUGAUAAUAAUAUGUUUUAUGUCUUUAUUAUUGUUUUAUGUAUAUAAGACUGAUGUUGAUGAAAAGCAAUUAACUUACUUGACUAUUUGAUAGUGAGCAUAUACUUAAACUGGCAGUAUUAUCUUUAAAUCUUAUACAAUUUUAUCAUUUUUUUUAUACGUG